UCGACUGUCUUUGUUUUGUUUCUUCUUGAAAGCAUUGUUGUGUUUUUAAAGUAAUUUUGUCAACGUAGUAAAGUAAACAUGACGUCAUACUUAUGACGUUUUACACAAGACGCUGAAAAUAGUUUAAUAAGAACCGCAACCGGAACUUCCCUUUCCACCAAUGGCAUGCGAGAGUUACACCACGAAGGCUUGACUGACAGGGAAUGUGGACCAAUGAAAAGGCCGUAAAGGUGAUGACGCGUCUGACGGGCAGGCCGCUCAGCCAAUCGUGUUCCUCACGAGCGCAGCUCCGGAGCGCGUGAAGGCGGCGCGCGCUGACCGGAGAGGAGGAGAUGGGCAGAAGCUGAACAUGGCGGAUGGUGACAGCGGGAGUGAGCGCGGUGGUAGCAGCGGGGGAGGAGGCGGCGGAGGAGGCGGCUUCCAGCACUUUCAGAGGGACCAGGAGACCCAGGAGCUCGCCUCCAAGCGCCUCGACAUCCAGAAUAAACGCUUCUACCUGGACGUCAAGCAGAACAACAAGGGCCGCUUCAUCAAGAUCGCCGAGGUCGGGGCCGGGGGCUCCAAAAGUCGCCUGACCCUCUCCCUGUCAGUGGCCGCGGAGGUGCGCGACUACCUCGGGGACUUCAUCGAGCAUUACGCCCAGCUGGGGCCCAGCAGCCCCGAGCAGAUCGCCCAGGCUUCCGCCGGCGAGGACGGAGGGCCUCGGCGAGCCCUGAAGAGCGAGUUUCUGGUGCGGGAGAACCGCAAGUACUACUUGGACUUGAAGGAGAACCAGCGGGGGAGGUUCCUGCGGAUCCGGCAGACCGUCAACCGCGGGCCCGGCUUCGGCAUGGGCGGCCCGGUGGCCGGCAUGCUGGCCGGCCAGACCAUAGCCCUUCCCGCCCAGGGCUUGAUCGAGUUCCGAGACGCGCUGGCCAAGCUCAUCGACGACUACGGCGGCGACGACGACGAGCUGGCGGCGGGGGGCAUGGCCGCGGGGGGGUUCGGCGAGCUCCCCGAGGGCACGUCCAUCAUGGUGGACUCCAAGCGCUUCUUCUUCGACGUGGGCUCCAACAAAUACGGCGUCUUCCUGCGCGUCAGCGAGGUGAAGCCCAGCUACCGGAACUCCAUCACGGUUCCCUUCAAGGCCUGGGCCAAGUUCGGCGGCGCGUUCAGCCGCUACGCCGAGGAGAUGAAGGAGAUCCAGGAGAGGCACCGGGACAAGAUGUACGAGAGGCGGGACGAGUCCGAGGGCGACGACGUGGAUGACGACUGACGGCAAGAAGAAGAACGUGCAUGAGUGUCCAACAGCCUCCUCCAUAGUGUUUAAAUUGUGACUCACAGUCAGAUACGUGACGUCACUCUUGAGGAGGACCCUCAUGAGGAGCAGCUGUCAAUCACAAAAAGGAUUACUCCAAAUGUUAGAGGAACUCAUUGAGAGGAUUAGUCAGCCCAAAUUAAAGCUGGGACUCUAGUCCGCACACACAUACUUAGCAAUAUUGUCACAGGAGCCCGGCGGAGGACGGAAUGUUCCGGGGCCCAAAAGUGUGGCUGGGGCCCCUCAGCGGACACACCCGACUCUCCAGAGACGCUGGACACAAACCUUUUUUUUUUUUUUUUUUCCAAAAGAGAACUAUAUUGACAUAAGAUUAUAGGAAAGAUAUUACAAACCAGCAUAAAAAAAAAAGAUAUUUUCAAAUACUUAUAAAGGAAAUUGUAUUGUGUAAAGGAAUUUCAUCAAUUUUAAGAAUAAAGAAAAUCUUUUAAUUUC